GUGUAUUAUGUUUCCCUUCAUGGUACACAAGAGUUGAGAGGGACAAGCAAACCAGAGUGCAUUUUUUUGUUUUCGAAAAUCCAAGCCAAAUGCAAUUUCGUUCAUUUAAGAUUGGUCAAUUAAUUUGCUGUAUCAAUCCAAAACGACACACAAUUAUCGACGGUUUAAUCUGAUUUCGUUAAUUGGAUUUUGGUUUUUUAAAACGAAAUUGAAAAGUUAUCGACUAGAAAAUUCCGUGAACAUGACGUCGAUGGCAUAGAGCACACACCAUGAAUCUGUGCAAUUGGAUUGAAGGGAAAAAAUCAAUAAUCACCAAAGCAUACGACUCGUACUAAAAGCAGUUUGCUUUAGGACACGAGCGGAAUAUGAACUUCAACACACACUCAAAUCUUUAUCUCGCACACAAUGAUGUGAUCUCUCAAAAAAAAAAUUCGACAAAUACAAAGCAUUCAUGUUUUGCCUUUCGGCCCAAAAUCUUUUUUUUUUUUUUGAGCCGAAAACCACAUCUGAAUCGAAACUGAGCAAAUAACUCAACAAAACCAUACAAAUCACAAAUGUCUUCCAUUUAUUUGUGAACAAUUUUAGUCUUAAGCAUAUUUAUAUAUAUAUAUAUAUUUGCGUAUACACAAAAACAAACGUGACAUGUAAGAAUUGUAGAGCGAUUCCAAUUGCGCCUACAUUGAACAAAGUCUUCCAUUUUAUACAUAAAACACAAAGAACAAAUUCAAAUCUAAAUCUUAAUAAAUAUUGCAAUUGUUUUAACUAUUCAACGUCAUAAAUAUUUGAACUAUUUUACAUUCGACUAUUUUAUACUCGAUCCAUUGUUGCAUUUUUUUUUCUUUCUUCAUUUCAUUAUUGAAACAAAACAAAUUGAGAAACGACACAAAUUUAAUAAAAACUAUUCAACGAUUCUUCAAAUUUAUAAAUAAAUAAAACGUUGAAACGUGGCGAGUACCCAGGUACGUCGACCGAAUAAAACAUAAAUUAAUUCUGUUGGAAUAGAAAAUUCGAUGUUGCCAUCGAAGUAGAAGAAAAAUAAUCGAUUUGUCAGUCGAAGAACAAUUCUUCGGUCAAAAAACGAUUUUUCAAUCGAAAAAAGAAGAAAAAUUAGAUUCAUCAUCUAAAUAGACCGGAAAUUUCGAUUUGAACGAAAAAAACUUCUAAAAAGUACAGAAAAAUUCGAUCGAUGAAUCAAACGCCGAAAAAAUCGGUUAAAGAAGUAAACCCCAAAAAAAAACUUCGAUUGACAAUAAGAUCAAAGAAUCGAUUAAAGCGCAAAAAAUCGUUUAAAACACAAAAAAAAAUCGAUUUUUUCGAAAAAAAUUCCAUUCAAUAAUCGAGCAACGUGCAAAGUUCAAUUUGUUGAUCGACACAAAUUUCCCUCUCUCACACGCACACACAAACUCUAAAUUCGGUUACAAAAAAAAACAAUGGAAAAUUUGCGAAAACAGCCUGGUAAAAAGUUGAAAAAUGUAAAUGCAAGCCAAUUGUCAUUGGCUGCAUCGUCAACGUCCACGGCUGCCUCAUCAUUUGCCUACAAGCAUUUCAAUUCGACCAACAAUAAACGUCGAAAAAAUCGUAAGAAAUAUUUCGAGCAUGAUACGCGAACGCGUACCAUUCGAACGUCGGUUACACCGGUUGAUGCGGCGGCAGCCAUAAAAAAGAUCAAAUUCAAUAAUGAAAUUCGUAUCGUUGAAACGAAAUGUAAUAAUAAUGAUGUGGAUAGUAGGGUUAGAAUGCGGAAGAAAAAAGUGGCCAACAAUCGAAAGCAUACAUGCAACAACACCACCACCACCAUUGCCGCCAACACCAAUACAAAUGCACAAAAGAAACGUGCAAAACAGUUUCGUCGCACGGCGAGUGCAGCAUCGAAUGCCGCCAAUAUUCAAUCAACGACGAAAAAAUUGCAAAAACAAUUGAUUGAAACGCAAAAAAAGUUGCAACAACAGCUGAAUGCCCUGCAAAAGCAUCAACGCGAACAAAAUCAUUCGUUUCUUGCGCUGCUUCAUUCAAAUUGUGCAUCAUUGCGUCCAAGUGUUAAGCAUGAUACUAACAGUAAUGGUUGCACUACCACCACCGCGACCACCAACAGCAACAACAACCACCACCACCACCAUCACCAACACCAUCAUCACAACGACCAACUAACCCAAGCGAACUCCUCACAAACCCAAUCCACAUCCAUUGCGCCGUCGACUUUGCUCACAAAAACAAAUCUAAAUCCAACAAUCCCAUGCUCUGAACAUUAUUUUACACACAAUUUUUUUACGGAUCAAAGUAAAUGCUCAAUCGAUAAAAUGGCAAACGGAAACAAAGCCACGGCUAUUAGAGCAUUUACUUGUGAAUCGAAAAGUAAAAAUUGCUCGGUGUCCAGAACAGACCCGGAAGCCAAACUGAUAACGUCGCCAAACGCCAAUUUGUGCACACAUCAUCACUGCAGCAGUUGCAGUGCAAAGAGUGUAGCCGCCAUCGGAACAGUUGCCGCCGUUGAUACCAAAAAGCCAAAGAUUCACAUUAAAAAGCCAUUGUUGAAAAGCAUCAUUCUCAGCACGAACAAUUCAAGUGUGCUGAAUAUUAAACGGGAAAUCGACAUCGAUAGCAACGAAUGCGAUCGAUCUGUUUGCCCAAUUGAAUUUCGUUCCACGACACCGAUGACUAAAACACCGGAUACAAAAACACAACCAAUCAAUAUGCAAUUCACUGACACCAAAAAGACUAAGCAAAUCAAUUCGUACAUUAAGUCAAAUGACCAUUUUGUACAAGAAAAUGCACGUUCAUAUUCGCCACCGCUACCAGCCAACCAUCCGAGGUUAGCAUCCAUUGUAUCAAGCGAUGCUUCAAAUUCCACUGCGGUUGCACUGGCAAAUAGCCAUGCAAGACGAUCACAUUCGUCGCGAGAUCGGAAAUGCAGCAAAAAACGCAAGAAACGACAACGCUCCUAUUCAAGAGAAUCACGGUCCAGAACACGGUCAUACUCACGUUCACGGUCAUCAUCACGGUCCAGAACUCGAUCAAGAUCCAGAAGUUACCGUCGUCGCAGUUCACGAUCUCGAUCAAGCAAUUCCGAAUAUGAAUCGCGGCGUUACAGUCAAGAGCGAAAAAAGAAAUCACAUUCGAAGAACAGAGAUGUCUUCCGACGAUCAUCGAAACGGGAUGAACGAAGUAGUUGCGGUUGCAGCUGCAAUUGCACCAAUUUCUGCAAAAAAUCCGCAUCGAAACAUUCCACAUCUGCAAUUAAAUCGAAAUCACCGUCGAACGACAACGCAUUUAGUUCAAAGCAAAGCAACGUCUCACCAUCCGAUAGCAAAAGCAACAAACGAUCAACCACAUCAACUGCUGAUGCGAAUGGUUCCACAUCGAAGAAGAAACCCGUGCCGAUCAGUAGCGGUGUUCUGCUUAAACAGCAGCCAAUAGUGAAAUUGCAUUCAUCGCCAGCCACUGGAAGUGAUACCGAGAAUGAGGUCGAUGAUAAAUUCGAUCGCAAAUACGAAGAGCUGUUGACAUUUGAAACGAACGAAGAUGAACGCCGUGAACAACGUCUAUUAAAAGCAUUGUCAGACAUUGCGGCAAAAGCAAAGCAAAAAAUUCAAUCGAUAAGUGAAUCGAAUGUGACCAAAAGUGUGCAUGCCGAUCGAAAUCACAACGAUCGUUCGGCAUCGAAACCCAUUAAAACAAUUAAAAUUUGUGCGAAAAAGACGAACGAUGCACGUGAUGAUCGUCGUUCCGAGCGACAAUCCCCGCAAGAACGAUUUGAUGAUGAUUUUUCGCCACACGAUAAGAAACCACCCAAACGAGAUUCGUCGAAACGAUCGCGGCGCGACAGCUACAGCAGCACCAGCAGCAAAGAGGAAAAGUCACCGCGCUCGUCCCGGUCACCGUCGAUUCCACGAAGACGUGGAUCACCCAGUUUUCUCGAUCGACGCCGAAUCACGAGCGCGCGUAAAAAGCCGAUUCCAUACCAACGAUCUUCACCAUAUGACAGUUUGGACGACGAAUGGGAAUCAUCGUAAGCAGUAAGCGGGCGCUGUGCAUCAAUGACGAUAAAAAUUGCUAACUUCAAUUCGAUAUGAUAACUCAUUUAAACAUACUCAAUUAAUACAAACACAAUCUAUCAAAGCAAACAAAAAUGGCAAAACAAUUUGUGAAACGUGUUGAAUUUCACGCGUUAAUUUUCAUUUUAACUGAAUUUGUGUGAAAGAAGAGCGGAAUGGAAACAAUAAAUGACAUUUCAACAGAAGUUUAGAGCAAA